UCAACUCAAGAGUUUUGAUGGCUAUCACCGAGUUGGGAUGGGAACUCAAAUACCGAAAUCACUAUUACAAUGUAGAUCUUUGUAAUCCAUGAAUUUUGAUUAAUGGAAAUUGGAAUGCACCUCAUCAUUGCCAUGUGGUUUUCCAAGUCGGUGAGAGAGAAAAGGACGACGUCUCUCCAAAUUUACAACGUUCAUCCCUUUUGUCCACGCUUGUGGACCACCGACUUGAAGUACUUUUGUCGAAAUUAGCUACUCUAAAUUCCACUUUACGAUCAUUUCAAAUCCCAUUAAUCAAAAUGGCAGUGAUUCACUUCUAAUUACUUCGAUCCCCUCAACGAUCGAACAACUACGAAGUGAAAAUCAUGAACUCAUUGAAGCUUCGCCGUCUUUGGGCGCUUCUGAUUCUGGGUUUAGUGGGACGGACGGUGACGUUGUUUGGCGCCGCCGCGGGGACUUGUGGGUUUCCGGCUAUAUACAACUUUGGCGACUCGAAUUCAGACACAGGAGGAAUAUCGGCGGCACUCAAUGCGAUUCAACCACCCAAUGGCGAAACCUUCUUUGGACAUCCUUCUGGGAGGGCUUGUGAUGGUCGUCUCAUUAUAGACUUUAUAGCUGAGAAGCUGAAAUUGCCUUACCUGAGUGCAUAUCUGGAUUCAAUAGGGACAAGUUUUAGACAUGGAGCUAAUUUUGCAACAGGAGGUUCGUCGAUUCGUCCUGGUGGUUAUAGCCCUUUCCAUCUUGGGAUUCAAGUAUCACAGUUCAUCCAAUUCAAAUCCCGCACCACAGAUCUAUUCAAUCGACUUCGCUCCCACAACAGGACAGCAAUACCAAUCAAACAUAUUGCAAGGCCCCAGGAGUUCUCAAAGGCGCUAUAUACGUUUGAUAUUGGACAGAAUGAUCUUGCCUAUGGUUACCAACACUCAUCAGAAGAACAAGUUAGAGCCUCCAUUCCAGAUAUACUAGACACAUUCUGUGAAGCUGUGCAACAAUUGUACAAGGAAGGGGCAAGAUAUUUCUGGGUGCAUAACACGGGUCCGAUUGGAUGUCUGCCUUACUCUAUAUUGUAUAACAAAAGUCCAGAAAAUCGAGAUAGCAGCGGAUGCGUGAAGAGUCAAAACACAGUUUCUCGAGAAUUUAAUCGGCAGCUGAAGAGUCAGCUGCUAAAGUUGAGGAAAAAGCUUCCUUUUGCUAGAAUUGUUCACGUAGACAUGUAUUCAGUCAAAUAUCUGCUCAUUACCAAAGCAAAAAGUCAAGGUUUUGUUAAGAAUCCAGUUAAGUUUUGCUGUGGGAGUUACUAUGGCUAUCACAUUGACUGUGGGAAAAGGGAAGUUGUGAAUGGAACAGUUUACGGAAAUCCUUGUGAAGAUCCAUCAAGGCAGAUUAGUUGGGAUGGCAUACACUACUCUGAGGCUGCAAACUCGUGGAUUGCUAACCACAUUUUGGAUGGCUCAUUUUCAGACCCACCAUUGCCAGUCGACAAAGCUUGUCAAGCUCUUCGUGAUGCAUGAUAAGGAUGUACUUGGGCCCCUGGGACCUUAAGUGACCAAUGGGGAAAUUUUGAAAAAGAAUCGCGAUGCAGAUUCGAAUUGCAUAAGGGAUUCACAUAUUUCUCAAUUGGCGAGAAGCUAUGACUACGAGAAGAGGUUCAAGACUCUUUAGUGCUUUGUGAUGUAAGGAAAAGUUCAUUAGUUUCUAAAGGUCACUCAACAUUAGCACAUUUAGGAUUGAGUCAUCCAUACAAAAACCUUGGGGAAUUUGAUCCACUGACGGCAUUGAGAUGAUACCUUACGAUUUUCUACACAAGAAUUGUUUGAGGUGCCAUUUUUAGGAGAGAAACAUUGAGAGAUUUUAAGCUGAACUAUACAAUUAUGAAUUGGGUGGCCUAGAAGAUGAUUUUGGAGCUUAGGAAAGGACUUUUCAAGGCUCGAGAUCGUGGAGGCUGUAUUAGUGACGAUAGAUUGUCACACUAUUUCUGAUUUGUUCUUUUCUACCCUUUCUUUUAUAGUUCAAUAUAUAUGGACUUUUUUGCUUAUAUUGUAACCAUGAGUGGAUAAAUUCCUUUUCUUAGGGGUUGAUUUAGCGAUUGGAUUUUAUAUGGUUUAAUAAAUUGAAUGCUUUUUAGGGCUUUCUCUAAGACAUGGGUUGGGUUGUCGGGUUUAUUAAUUUUUUUUUUCCAUUCCUAAUGUACUAACUUCCAACAAUUUAUGGAUAAAUCACAAAAAUACACUAGAGAAAAACUACACCGUACCCAACUUCCAACAACUAUGGAACUAAAUCUACUAAAAUUUUUAAACUCAAAACACACAAAAACUACUAAAAAAUGUAGAUCUAGUAAAUUUUAAAUGAAGAAAAAAAAAUCAAAAUAAAUAAUAACUAAUAUGAAGUUCGAGAAGUAGACUGAGAGAGCUCAGACGGAAAAAGAUGAAAUGAGAAGUUGACCAGUGGCGGAUAUAGAAAAUAUAUUGAUAGGGGCUAAAAGAAAAAUAAGAAAAAUAUGAAAAAUAAAUUAAAUUGGUACAAUUUGAACCUGGGUCAAAAGGGGACUAACUAUAAGUAUUAAAAAUUAAAUAGUUUUCUUUAUAUAUAUUAUAUAAAGACAAUAAAGUUGAGGGGACUUGAGCCCCCUUUGGGCUUAUACUAAAUCCGUCGGUGAAGCUGACGACGAUGGACACUAAGAGAGAAGUCGAGAUGAGAGGGGAGAGGGUAUCGUUCACGACAGUGUGAGAUGAGAAGCCGAGACAAGAGGAGAAUGGUAACGUAGAGAGAUAUGAGGCAGCGUGAACUCGUGAAGUAGCCAAGCGGGUCUGCCGUGUGUGACCUAAAUUUACUUUUACUAAACUAAUAAUAAAAUAUAUGUCACUAAUUCGAGUCGGGUUGGGUUGAGUUGAAUCAGAUUUUUCAACCCUCACUAUGAGACCCAACCUAACCCUCAAAAAACAAAGUUUUUGAACCCAAAAUUUAAACUAACCAUCCAACCCAAUUCUUAUAAUGUGGGUUGGUGGGUAAUUCGGAUUGUCGGGUUAUUCGGAUUAUUCUUGUACGCUUAAUUACGAC